AGUGUCUUUCCAUUGCUCUUGUACAAAGAGCAAGUGCCCGUUGUUCUUUAUUACCACACUUACAUUUCAAAUAAAUGUUUCCUAACAAGAUAUGAAGUCAACAAUACAUAGCACAUUUUGCUUUAAUUGACUCACUUUGCAAGAAGGGCAUUUAUGUGGAUAAUGACAAGUAGCAACACAAUUAUGGCUGCCAUUUUUGCAUUUAAUUAGACAGGGCU